AUGCCGGGACUUCCAGAAGCGCUUCGAGGACAUACAAAGUCUGUGACGGCGAUCGCAUUCUCACCAGACGGCAUGCGAAUCCUCUCUGGCUCAGAGGAUAAUACAAUUCGACUAUGGGAUGCGGAGACUGGUCAGUCAUUGGGCGAGCCACUGCGAGGUCACACAGGCUCGGUCAAUGCCGUCGCAUUCUCACCAGACGGCUCCAAAUUGCCUCUGACUAUGGAAUGCGGAGACUGGCCAGUCGUUGGGAGAACCAUUCCAGGCCACCAAGGCUCGGUCAACGCUGUAGCAAUCUCACCAGACGGAUGGCGUAUUGUCUCCGGGUCGUCCGAUAAGACUAUUCGACUGUGGGAUGCGGAUACUGGGCAGCCAUGGGGAGAGCCACUUCAGGGUCACACAUAUUUGAUAAACACCUUGGCAGUCUCACCGGACGGCUGGAGAAUCGCGUCUGGGUCAGGUGACAAGACCAUCAGACUGUGGGAUGCGAAUACAGGACAGCCGUUGGGAGAGCCGCUCCAUGGCCACGAAGAUGCGGUCAUUUCCAUCGCAUUCUCACCAGACAGCUCACAAAUUGUCUCUGGAUCGCAUGAUUCGGAAAUUCGACUAUGGAACGCGGAGACUGGCCAGCCGUUGGGAGAGCCACCCGAGGACACACACGCAUGGCUCGCAAUAGUCUCUGGGUCGGAUGAUCACACGAUUCGAUUAUGGGAUAUGGAGACAGACGGGUCGCGACUCGUCUCUGGGUCGAAUGAUCACACGAUCCGACUAUGGAACGCGGAAACUGGCAAAUCGUUGGGACAGUCACUCCACGGCCACACAGACACUGUCACUACCGUUGCAAUCUCGCCAGGAGGCUUGCAAAUGGUCUCUGGGUCGGUGGAUAAGACGAUUCGACUAUGGAAUAGGAGACUGGAGACUGGAAUCAACGCACGAUUCAACUAUGGAACGCGGAGACUCCAACCAUCGGGAGACCCACUCCAAGGCCAUACACAUUGGGUCAACACUGCAUUCUCACCAGACGGCUCGCAAAUCGUCUCUGGGUCAUCAGAUAAGACGAUCAGAUUGUGGAGCGUAUCCACUGGCCAGUUGUUGGGCGAACCACUCCAAGGUCACACACAGAGUGUCAAUGCCGUCGCAUUCUCACCAGACGGCUCCCAAAUUGUCUCCCAAAUGACGAAACGGUUCGGCUAUGGAGGUGGAGAAUGGCCAGUCUUUAGGAAGUCCCUCUCCGAGGCCAUAUGGGCAAUGGCGGUUCUCGCGUCGCAUUCUCACCGGACGGCCUGA